GGCGCCAUCUUUGAUGUUAUUAUUAGUUCCACUUGUGCAAAUCGUGACAUGACAUGUUGAAAACAGGGUCUAUACCAAAAAUCAACGCAUUUCAGUGAUAAUACUCGAUAGUUAAAGGUGAAGUUUAAUUCUAAAAAUAAAACCUAGAACUCCCGGGCAUGGUGUACCUAUCCCUGUGGUUCAUGCUGCCCCUGUUGUCCACCAUUUAUGGAGGAACACUACCGGGGUUUGAAGCUCUAACACAGCCGACCCAGGUGAUGAGGUCGCGGAGAUCGCCUAUGCCGCAGCCAUACCUCCACCUCCCCGUGUUUGUGGACUCCAGGUUCCCGCUGGUGGAGAAGGAGCAGUUUACUCCAUCCAGAGGCACCGGACAGGAGCCUCUACCCGAGCACGUCCGGGAAGUCCUGUUCCCGGCUCGGACUAACACCAGCGCGCCCGGUGUUUCGGAUGAUUCCGUGAGGACUUCGUGCAUGAGCAACAAGAUGCUGGUGCAGGUGCAGAGGAGCAUUCUGGGCACCGGUGAACCGUACUCUCGUCUCAAACUGGGGUCAUGCCGAAUCAGCAAAACUACAGAGAAUUACUUUUAUUUUAAAUAUGAUCUAGGCAUGUGUGGAACCAAACGCACGAUCAUUAAUAAUCAGAUGACCUAUUCAAACACACUACAAUAUACAUCACCACAGCUCCAAGGACCAAUCAGAAGAGCUGUUUCCUUCAUCCUGCCUGUUGCAUGCUUUUAUAACAGGUACCAAUACUCCUACAAAAUUGGCUACACACCCGUGAUUCAACCACGCAAGAUCUUCAAACCAAUGAAGAAUAGAGUGAAAUUCCUUCUGACGCCACGAAAUGCUCAGUGGAAAAGGCUUUCUCCGUCAGAUCACUACGUGCUUGGGCGACCCAUGUAUUUUGAGGCAGAAGUUCCGUCCAUGUCAGAAGACCAAAGACUGUACGUCCACUUAUGUUACGCGACUCCAGAGAGGUCCCACAACUCCACGCCUCAGUUUCUAGUCGUGGCCAACUAUGGGUGUAUGGUUGAAAGCAAGGACAGUCGCUCCAGAUUCAUCCUAUACAAAAGAAAUGCUGUGAGAUUCUCUGUGGAUGCCUUCUUGUUCGCAGGCAUGACAGGCCAGCAGCUCUACAUGCACUGCUCCAUGUCUGUAAGCAGCUCUGUCCCCACACCCAGAGCUAAGUCCUGCAACUACGACACAAAAGAAAGAAGAUGGGUUGAGCUGUAUGGACCUGACUCUGUGUGCACCUGCUGCGACUCCAACUGUAGCUCUGCUGCAUCCACAGUGACCAAAGUAAUCAGCAGCAGGCCGUGGACAAUAGAUCCUAAAGGGAAACGCACCAAAGCCCUGAAGAGGAAGAAGGUCUCCACAGCAACAACGACAACGACAACAACAACAAAAGUGGCACCUCAGCCAGAGACGAAGAGCGAGGUGACUGAGUGGAGGAAAUCUUCGCAGCCUGAAGAGAGAGAGGGUAAGGUGGAGGACUCUGGGGAGGAGUGGCCGAUUGGAGGCAGAGGAAUGACCUGGGAUGAGAUGGAAGGUGAGGAGGAGUUGGUGAAGGGCUCUGCUGUUGUGGAGAAGGAGGAGAAGGAGGAGAAGGAGGAGAAGGAGAAGGUCGCAGCAACUCGCACAAUUUUUGAGGACAUUUUUGAUUUCGUCAAAUAAAGCUGAAGUUUAUCCAGUGAUACAUUCAGUCUGGGUGGCUC